CAAUAGGCGAAUCCUCUUUAAUAACCCGCCUCGAGAUAAUGAUGUAAAAAGACUCUGGCGCCUUGUGCGUAACGAGGAUCGUCGUGGAGAUCCGGUGAAGGUGAAUCAGAGAGAGAGAGAGAGAUAGGCGAGGCGGCAGCACUUAUUACUUGAGAGAGUCUCUUCCUCGUCUCCACACCUCAGUUGUCAAGUCAAGCGAGCCUCCAAGACCAACUUAACCGCUGACAGAGAAACAAACUUGCACAGGACUGACAGAGGAAGACACUUACAAAGACGACUUUCCAGAAGCGACCAUAGCCUGCAAUAACGCGGAGUCCACAAGGCUAUGGACAGGAGGAUGAACUUGAACGGCGGCGCAGGGGACAUUUUUCACAAAACUCUCAGCGCCGUGUCCAAUAAAAAAAUGGACCCUUUCAGAUCUGCCGGCAUUGAGCUGCCAGCUCGAGAUCGCCAGUCACCAAUCAGCUGUUUUGACCAGGCCGAUUCAGACCCUAUUCAGCCGGGAGGACUGGCAGGGGGCAGAGGGGGGCCACUGGGGCUGCCGACCGGAUCUUUGUGCGUUAAGUACGGGGAGAGUGGCAACAGGACCUCAGCGGCGGAGAGCAGCGGCGGAGAGCAGAGCCCCGAUGAUGACAGUGACGGCAGGUGUGACAUGGUCCUGCUGAGCGAGGCGAGGACGGUGGGCGCAGGGAAAAGCGAUGGAGGUAAGAAAAGCAAAGAGCAGAAAACACUGAGGCUAAACAUCAAUGCCCGAGAAAGACGACGGAUGCACGAUCUGAACGACGCGCUGGACGAGCUGAGAGCGGUCAUCCCCUACGCGCACAGCCCGUCCGUGCGGAAACUCUCCAAAAUUGCUACUUUGCUGCUCGCCAAAAACUACAUCCUCAUGCAGGCUCAGGCGCUGGAGGAGAUGAGGAGGCUGGUGGCCUAUCUCAACCAGGGCCAAGCCAUCUCUGCUGCCUCAAUACCGGCCACCACUGCGCUCACAGCUCCCGGCUUAGGUGCGUAUGAGCAGCCGCCUGCGUACCCCUUCCCCACCGGAGUGCCAGCGACCUCCUGCCCCGAUAAAUGUGCCCUUUUCAACAAUGUCACCUCCAGCCUGUGUAAACAGUGUACUGACAAGCCUUAACUGCACCUGGCAAAGACUCAGAGAAGCACAUGCGAAAAACAUACACCACUUUUGAAAACACUUUUUGGAGAGGAAGACCUGUGAGGCUACUGUUGUUGAAGUCAGUAGGCUAGAGACAAAGAAGUAAUGACGAUGAAUACUUUUAUAAUAUUUACAAAAAUACAUUCAAAACGCGCUUUUUUCUGUUCAGACAAUACUUGAUUGUGUACAUAAAGCAUCCUUUAAGUGCUGGUAUGAAUGACAGUGAAAACCAAACAGAAGUAUAUGAGUGGCUGCAAGUGUUGCGGGAGUGAGUUGUUGAUCACUUACUCAGUUAUGGACCCUUUUGGAGAUUUGGGUGACCUGACAACUUGCGACUUUUUCACUUGAAUAGAUGGACACGUUCACGGAGCAUUAGCUUGUCCAACCUCACUUUCUGCUGCUUCCUCACUUUUUGUUGUGUGUGUUUUUUUCUUUGUUUCACCUCAGAGACGUUUGUUGUUUGCUUACUGGUUCAGGCCUAUUUUAUGAACUUUUCUAUUGAGCACACAAGUGGAAUGUCAUGGACAAAGACAAGUGAAAUAGACAACAAACUGAGUGGUCUCAAUUGGUCAGAUAUUUAUGUGCUAAUCUAAACACUUGUUAAUAGCUGGGCACGCCUCUUACAUUUUUUUUGGCACUGUGAUAUAAUAAAAUUUCAGCAAAAUCUCGAAAGCCCGAAUCAAGGUUUACCAGGUCUUUCGAUGUGUCAUUUUUAAUUUAUUAAUUUGGAUAUUUAUAUUGGAUUGUUUGUUAGUAUGGUACGUGGUAUUCUUUUUCACAAUUGCUGUAUAAUUUGCGUUUCUUUUCUCACACUCACAAGAAGGCCGAGGUCUUGAGAUCAAUCGCGUUGUCAGGUCAAGUUGUGGAUUAUUGUAGAUACUUUAGUUAUAUAUGAGCAAAGAGGGCCAUUUGUAUGUGUUUCAGUGUUGAAAAGCUUUAUUAAAAUAUUUUGAACAACAGAAUCUAUUCGUCUCAUGUGGAAAUAGUACAAGUGGUAUCAGAAUAAAUUACCUUGAACUUU